AUCGUUUACAAACGACAGGGAGAUUGACCAAUCAGCACGAGGCUUUCCUGCAUGGCUCAGUCGACUCCAUAACAUUGGGUAGCAGUUUCUCAGGCCGGUUGCUGUUGUCAAUUCAUUAUCGCUUCUCUAAAUGAAUUAGAUAUUUUUUUAAACAGCUUACGAACAGAAAUGAAAGUGCUAUCCGCCCUCAGUAAACUACAAAAGUCACCAAACACAUUUAUACCUGUCCACAUGCAUAUGCAGCUGCGUCCUCGUAAACACAAUCAACUGACGAUAUGGAAUCUCCCAGAGGAAGUCCUCCUUCUUAUCCUCAAAGGCCUCCACGUCCGGGACAUCCUUAAUAUGAGGACGGUACACCCCUACUUUCGUGACGUAAUAGACGACAACUCACCCAUCUGGGCGAUGGCAAGUUUCCAAGAUAACUGGCCAAUGUGUAACAACCUCCACCAUUUUGAACAGGCUGCAAACUGUGGAAAUAUAGAAGCUUUAAUCAAACUAGCCAUUGCCUACCUGUAUAAUGAAGGAUUACCUGAGGAUGACCGCCGAGUGACCAACAAUGGCGAGAAGGCUGCGGACAUGUUCUGUAAGGUCGAGAGCCUCACACCGGGAACUGACCCAUUUUCGUGGCUUUUUAUCCGUCCACCAUGGUCACUCAAUGGAGCUUGUUGUAAAGAGACGGUGUUUGCUCACAUGAAGAGAUAUAUAGAGGAGCACCCUGACAAUGGCGAUGUCCAGGUUUGUGUGGCUAAGACAGUAUCUCUACUGGAGGAGGAUGGUCGUGAGGAGGCACAAAACUACCUCCAGCUGGCCGCGCAGCAUCAGUCUGGGGUCGGAGCCUUUCUUCACUGGCAACACCAGUGGCAAGAUCGCGUGUGUGACCGUGCUUCACGACUAGAGAGUAUACGACAACUCCGCCAAGUAGCCAAACUAGGACACAUGGAAGCUUGUUUAAGCUUGUGUAAAUUCUAUGCCAAAGAAAUGUACUGUGGUGUAAGUUCUGACCAAGCCGCAUUUACAGUCCGUGAUUUUGUACAUUCUGUGUCGCCAAUCAAUGUCCAGAGUUGUUUUAAAACGUCACACGAGCUGACACCAUCUAUGAGAUACAUCCUUGUAGACUGGCUUGUAGAAGUUGCUGGAAUGAAAGACUUUUCGAGUCAGACUUUACACGUUGCGGUCAGUGUAGUAGAUAGAUACCUCAAGGUUCACAAGACGACACGUUCAAAACUACAGCUUCUUGGGGUUGCGGCAAUGGUCCUCUGCUCGAGGUUUUUAGGUAAAGAUAUAAUCACGAUCCGUGAAGCUGCCUGGCUCACUGACAACACGUAUAAGUACGAGGAUGUGGUACGCAUGAUGGGGGAGAUUACAGCUACACUGCGUGGACAAAUUCGGGUCGCCAACAGUUUUGAUUUUGUUAAACUGUUUUCCUUGUUGGCGAGACUUGACAGGAAAAGUUCCUUUCUGGCGGAGUACAUCUGUGAGUUGUGUCUGCUGCAGGCCGAGAUGGGGCAGUACAAGCCAACGGAGACUGCUGCAGCGUCUGUCCUCCUAGCACGUAUACUCACACGACUUGAUGAUCCUUGGCCGAAGCGUAUGGUUCAGUUUACUGGUUUUACUAUUGAGGACAUCAGUAGAUGUGCUUUCCAUGUACAUGAAAAAUGUUUUUUGGAGGGCUCUGUCGUAGACCACCGAGAUGUAACGCUUCAGGCAGUGAAACUACGCUACUCGGACAAAAAUUUUAUGGAAGUCAGUGAGAUGGAGAUCAUGAGUUACGAGGAACUCUGUGCCAUGCUCGGCGUGACAGACCACAUCCAACAGGGACUUGAUGUCUGUGUCAAAUUCAAAAAUGAUGACCAACUCAUCCUCUCUCCUUCCAGGAAAAAACGUAGAUGUGACCGAAGAUUGCCUUGUCUGGAGGGUCGAGAGAGUACUGCAACCCCUUCUAUUGAGGAGUGUGCUAUCAUGGAGGAAUCCAUGUUGUCUGGUUACGACGGUGAUAAAGAGGACGAGGAGAAAGAUGAUAGCGAUGACUCCUUCCUCGAGUAUGAUGAAUCAAGUGAAGGUAUGAAAUCUGAGGAACUUUGUGAUGGUGCUAUAGAUUGCGAGAGUGAUCUCCCAAGUGAGGGACAAUUGUCUGGCCUUCGUCUGGCUGUGGCUAAUCCAGAUAGUAGGUCUUCGUCGGGCGUGUCCUCGCCAGGGUCAUCGAGCGGGGAGGCCAAACUCAGCCCCCUCCUUCCUCGCUCCUCAUUAGGAAUAUCUGGUCAUGCCUCUCACGUGUUCGGAGGAGUUUGUAUGCAGAACAAUCAUUUAGGUGACUCUGAAAACAGUGGUGCUCAUUUUUCUCCUCAAGGUACGCUGAGAGGGUUUGUCCAAGGACAUGUCUCCAGUUACAUGACACUUAGGAAAACAACCAAGCGGAAAAGUAGACAGUUUUUGUCGGAGACCAGCUUAGCACGAAAGCAAUGAUGACACUGUGUGAGUGAGUGUAACUGGACAAGUGUGAAUGUGGUGAAAUUUUAGGAUGAGUAUGAAUGAGGUAAAUAUUCAGGAGAGACUAUUCUCAUUGCAAUAGCGAUACGGUAGAAUGGGUUUACGGAGUUGUAAUAGCGAUACGGUAGAAUGGGUUUACGGAGUUGUAAUAGCGAUACGGUAGAAUGGGUUUACGGAGUUGUAAUAGCGAUACGGUAGAAUGGGUUUACGGAGUUGUAAUAGCGAUACGGUAGAAUGGGUUUACCGAGUUGUAAUAGCGAUACGGUAGAAUGGGUUUACCGAGUUGUAAUAAUCAUGUGGCCAUUGAUUUGUGUUUUAUUUUCUCCACACGGAGAGAAAUCUUUGUGUUCUGUGAAUGUUUUAAAUAUAUUUUAGACAGCAUUUACAAAAUGUGUAAAGUAUUUACCUGAGAAUAAUCAGGAUGUUAAAGUGUUUGUAUGACAAUGAUCAGGAUGUUAAAGUGUUUGUAUGAUGUUGACUUGCAGCAGUUUUUUUUUUGUUUUUUUUUUUUUUGGUAAAAUUUCAAAUCCAGAAAUUGUGUUUUUUCAAAUUUUAGUUUGAACUUCAAGUUACUGAAAUUUUCCUGAUGGCUGAAACUAGACAUUAUCAGACAAACUAGACAUUAUCAGACAAACUAGACAUUAUCAGACAAGCUAGACAUUAUCAGACAAACUAGACAUUAUCAGACAAGCACUGUUCAGCUUCUUACUAUAUGUAACUUGGUAGAACAAAGUGAAAUAGAUAUCCAUUUUAAACUUUGACAUUAUCAGACAAACUAGACAUUAUCAGACAAGCACUGUUCAGCUUCUUACUAUAUGGAACUUGGUAGAACAAAGUGAAAUAGAUAUCCAUUUUACUACCUGCUCUGAUAAUUGUUGGUGAUUAACAAACACUGAUAAUUGUUGGUGAUUAGCAAACACAUCGUAUUUGGCCGAAUACCACUUGGCAUUUAGGUCUGUGCUGUAGGUACAGCGUUCUGCAUCGUGUCUGGUCGGAAUGACCCGACAAAAAAAUAAAAAUAAUUUAUAUAAUGUGACAGUGCUAUAUAUAUUAAUAUAUCAGGGAUCGAAGCCUACAGAACUUGACCUUUGGAAACAAGAAUAAUAAGUUCACAGAAUUUAUUGUUGAAAUUAAUUUUUGAAAAUAGCUGUGUAUUAUCUUGGUAUCAUGUACCUGUAUUUAAAACAGAUAAGUUAUUGGAUUGAUUACUGUACGAAGGAUGUCAUUGACCUCAACCAAACAUAUUUCCCUCAACAAAUUUAUGGGGAUCAGUUCUCAGGGAUCUAGAAAUGUUGUAUUUCCCUCUUGAUUAUUAACUCCUUUACGGAGUUUGAAUAUGUGACCUUUUUGUACUUAACAAAAUUUCAAACAUUUCCAUUGAUGUUUAACCCAACAGUUACCUGUUGGUGGAAUCCUGUGUGUUAGUAAACUGGGUUACACCUUUGGCAAAGUUGGAGAGAAAGUUGCAUGUAUUUUUCAUUCCUUAUUGUCAACCUUAUUGUGCCAACAUUUUGUGUAUUGUUUACAUGUUUGUUACAGAUGUUAAGAUACAAUGUAUUUGUUAUUGUCUAAUGGCAGUAACAUUUAUAAAAUACAAGAUUAUUCAAAUUGUGGCAGUUUUAAGUAUGACUGACUUGUGUGGCCAAUGUUUGUUUUUAAUACUGUUGAGUUCUUGUGUUUUAUCCUCAACAGAAUUAUAGACAAAAAAGUACAGGUUCUUCAGAAUUCCUUCAAGUUGAACGUUAAUCAUAUAUUAAGGCAGAAACAUUAAACUUGUUAUUGAAUCUGGUCAACAUUGUUUGAGAGAAAAAUGGUUGAAAUGAUAGAUUUGAGAUUUUUUAAGUGUUUUGAUGUACACUAACGUUUUUGAGCAAAAGAUACUGUGAAUAUUUUUAAAAUACAUGUACAACAGAAUUUACGGAGAUGUUUGGUGGAUGUUUCUGAGAACAACAUGUACAGUAUUUAAUGAGAUGUUUGGUGGAUGUUUCUGAGAACAACAUGUACAGUAUUUAAUGAGAUGUUUGGUGGAUGUUUCUGUGAACAACUGUAUUUAAUGAGAACAAAUGUGUUUGUUCACUAAAGACCGAGUGUGUGUCAGAGUUGGUGUAUAUGGAGUAGCUUAGCUGCUUCUUUAUGUCCAGAAUCUUUAUAAUCUCAUUGGUGCUCAAAGCCUUUUACUAAGUUAUUACUGAACUAAAUACUUUCCUGCUGCUGAACAAGUAGCAUGAAGAUGUCAUACUUCCAGUAGAAAGAUUUUUGAUCCAAUAUUCAAACUUAAAAUAUUAUUGAUCAGUUUUAAAAAUUGGUGAGAACUCCAUAAAUGGUAUUCAAAUUGACAAAAAUGUCUUGUACUCCUUUGUAAACAAUUUAAGAUAACUUUUUAUCUCGUUCAACUAGAGUUGUUUUGAGGGGAAGUUUUGUGAUUUGGAUGUUAGUUAUUUAAAAUUGGCUAAAUUAUGUAGGCAGUAUUUAGGAGGGAGACAUGAUUAUUUAUGGUGUUUUAUUUUAACAGGCCAUUUCUGGUUUCGAGGAAAAAUCUUUGAUAAUGUAAACAAAUGAUGUGUUCAUUCUGUUGGCUCAAUGUCAACACUCAGAACUUAAUUUACCAAUUUUGAUACACAGUUUUAGAAAUUAGGGUUGAAAUAUUUUUCCAGAACAGAAUAAGAACAUUAUAGUCAGAGGUUUUACUUCAUUAAAAGAAAUAAUUUUAUUAAAGUUAAAAACAGCAGAAAUACUAGUUAUUUUAACACAAACAAACAAAUUUCAAAUAUGAAAUUGAUUUAAAGCUUUUAUUAAUUUCUUUUGUUUUAGAAUUUAAUCCCUCCUCUCUAAAAUUGGGUAUUGGAAUCAUGUUUUGUCAAAGUGUUGUCCAAUUACUGAAAAAAGAUCUGGAGUUUCAUUAAUCUCAUAUGAAACAGAUGUAAUCUUUAUUGAGGAAUGAAAUGUUUGUAUCAGGGGCAGAAUCAACAUGAUAUGUGCCAAGGUUGACUAGUGGUAUAUGAUCUGAGGUAGAUACGAAGGUUGACGAGUGGUAUAUGAUCUGAGAUAGAUACCAAGGUUGACGAGUGGUAUAUGAUCUGAGAUAGAUACCAAGGUUGACGAGUGGUAUAUGAUCUGAGAUAGAUACCAAGGUUGACGAUCGGUAUAUGAUCUGAGAUAGAUACCAAGGUUGACGAGUGGUAUAUGAUCUGAGAUAGAUACCAAGGUUGACGAUCGGUAUAUGAUCUGAGAUAGAUACCAAGGUUGACGAGUGGUAUAUGAUCUGAGGUAGAUACGAAGGUUGACGAGUGGUAUAUGAUCUGAGAUAGAUACCAAGGUUGACGAGUGGUAUAUGAUCUGAGAUAGAUACCAAGGUUGACGAGUGGUAUAUGAUCUGAGAUAGAUACAAAGGUUGACGAGUGGUAUAUGAUCUGAGAUAGAUACCAAGGUUGACGAGUGGUAUAUGAUCUGAGAUAGAUACCAAGGUUGACGAGUGGUAUAUGAUCUGAGAUAGAUACCAAGGUUGACUAGUGGUAUAUGAUCUGAGAUAGAUACGAAGGUUGACGAGCGGUAUAUGAUCUGAGGUAGAUACCAAGGUUGACGAGUGGUAUAUGAUCUGAGAUAUAAUUUUGUAAUCUUGGGAUCUUUUGUCCCUGGAUCCUCCAGUCCAUUACAUUGAAUAUUUAUGUAUAUCAUUUAUAUUUAUAUUUUUGUAACUAAAGCAAAUGAAACUUA